AUGCGCCGUCGCGUUACAAAGACAGAACUGGGAGAGAUCAACAGAACCUGUUCCGCAUUUGAAGAGGUUACUCAACCUAUUCUUCCUCUCCCAAAAUGCCAACUCAAUAGUUCAUCUAGGGGUGGCCAAAUUAUUCAAAUCCCAUUUACAAUCCCCAUACCAGUCGAUAUAGCAGGCUCUGUGAGCACAGAAUUAGGGGAGAUUGCCUACGACAUCGUCGCAUCUGUGACUAGAGAAGAUGAGACGAUUGCCACCACAAGACAUCCCAUUCAUUUGUCCCGUCAAGUGAUCACAGACGAGCCAACUAUCGAAUAUGCACGCUCCUACCCGAACUCCAAGAUGGUCACCCAAAUUACUCUCUCUCAACACCUCAAAACGAGCUUUCCAAAUCUCUCAUUCGCCAUGAACAUCAAGCUCCGGAACCCAACCACUCCUGGGGAACGUGCAUCGGAGCUCAAAUGCUUCGCAAUCCGAGGGAUCCGGUGCCGCGUAGAAGAAGUGACGAAAAUAUAUAACAAAUGCGACAGAUACAACACAGAAGAAAACGAAGCGGAAGCUGAACGUGUAUCUGUGCGUGAAAUUUGCAAUGGAAGACAAAAGACCAACUGGAGCAUUAUUGAGGAUCCAGCUGGAGCACAACUAGAUGAUGCUCAGAGAAGCGGUUCUGUGGAUGUUGUAUUCGGAUUCUCGAUCCCGAAGAGUGUCAAUCCUGCAAAGCGGACCGACUUGUCUUGCUAUGCUUUCAAUCCAGAACGCCUGGACCCUGUUUCAUUGCCUCGAGAGCUCCGGGAAUAUUAUGUUUCCACUUCAAGGGAACGGCUGGUUAUGACGGUUGAACACCGGCUAAAGCUGGACUUGUUAACGGGAGAAGACACCUUUCAACGCGGUACAAUGAUUCUCGUGGAUCGUAAGCCUAUACGUGUUGCUUUGAAUGCAUCAUUUCCGUUGCUUAUUUCCGAGUGCAAUGGCAAAGAUACAGAGCCAGUGACACUGGAAAGACGUCCGCCACGGUAUGAGGAAGUUCCUACGGCGCCUCCAAAUUAUGAUACUCAUGCUGGAUCAUCGGAUAGAAGUAGCUGUUAG